GAGACCUCCCAUUUUCAUUGAUCAACUAUGUCACAAGUUGUGGCUUUGGCUGUAUUGAAGUCCUUAAGUUUGCGCGCGACGCGGCCAGCUUUCCGUUAACAACCCAAGCCCCAAGGCGACCUCGGGAACCGCCCAGACCACUUCUUGCCUUAUGUCAACCCAUGACGACUCUAUCGCCGAUCCACUUAAGCGGGGAUACCUAUCUUUUGAGCACACAACGAAGCCAAUGGAGCAUCCAGAGCGAUGGAAAGCUAUCGCUCCCGCUUCAGGUGAGCCAGGCGAGCAGCGCUUUGCACCUGGAAGUAAGAAGAGACGGCAAACGGUCGCUGUCGCGUGUGUGCAAUGUCGCAGCGGUAAGGCUAAAUGUGAUGGCAUACGCCCCAGGUGCACGCGCUGUACAGAUGGCGAUCUUAUUUGUCAAUACGAUGUGGCAGAGGGCGUGUCUCGAGCCGAGCGUAUGAAGCUGCUGAAGAGGGAGGGCAUGUCCAGCAGGUUUGAGGAGGUUGAGCGCGUCAUGAGUGUCCUACGUUCUGGCAGCGACAUCGAGGCCUCAACGCUACUCGCACGGCUUAGACUUGGCGAGCGCGUGGACAAUAUCGCAAGGUCUUUGCCUCCGACUGCUUCCAUGAUGCUUGUGAGUACUCCACCAAGCUUACAGGCUCAGGAUUCUAGCGGUACUUCUACUAGUGGCGUGAGCCAGGAUUCGAUGUAUCCAUUGACCGACGCUACCGGGAGCCUAAAACCACGACACGAUUCUAAUACAUCGCAUACUUCGUCUUCAGAGCAACCUCCAAGUUGGGCGGCGACACCAAACUCGGCUGCCAUAUCCUCACGAUCUACUGGAAAGAGAAAACAGUCAACAGCUCUGAGUAACGAACCAGUCGAUGGCCGUCAGUUCUUGUCACUAUUGUUCGACCGACAAGACUAUCUCCUCGCUAUUAGCGAGAGUGAAGAUGAGGACGAUAUCUACAGCGAUAUGGACGGGAUGCUCGACCCAAGACUGUUAGUUGAAGGAGGUCAGGGGCCAGCUGGAUCGCCAGCGGAUACUAGUAGGAGCCGGUUCCCCUCACCAGAAAAAGGAGAAACGAUGAGGUCUAUCCAUGUUACCCAUAUUCGCAGUCGCCAGCCUAUUGUCAACACCGUCCGGAUACAUCCAAACCUUAACCUGCGCAACCUUUUCGGCAACCUGCCUUUCUCUAGCGGUGUUCGGGCCAACAACUACCCCGAAAAUGUACAGGACACACAGGUCAAUAAUCUCUUCUUGCCGACCUGGGCAAUGAUGACUGUCAAUACAAGACCAGAUCCAGGAUCAGUGAGGUUCGCCUUUCCAGAUGUACUCCAAGAAGGGGCCGCUAUGAUCGAGUCGGGAGCCCCGUUGGAGUACGUUAUUGAAGUACAUCCGAGUAUAGGAGCGCUGUUCGAUGAGGCGGAAUUUAACAGAUCUGGCAAACUUUCGAGAUGGGCGGCUGGAAUGGUUCAUAGUAUGAUGCUCAAAGGAAACACGUUCACCUGCUUUGCAUACAUGCAUGUCUUCUGGUACCUAACGCGUUGGAUGAUCUCCCCAUCCCCGGAGACGUACGAGAUGAUACCAGAAUGGCUACGACCGACACCCAACCAAUUGUUCAUGCCGCAUAUCAACACGCUCGAUUACAUCCCAUGGCCUGCUUUCCGUGAGCUUGCUGUCCAGAUACCGGCCAUGCAGGAGCGUAUGGAAUGGCUCAUGGACAUGACCAAUACGCUGCGCUGCGACUGGUCUUUCCCUGGCCAAGAGCCCUAUCAGAUUAACGAUGAGACCGGGUUCUUAGACCUCUGCGCAACUGGAAAGGAAUCUAUGCGCGACCUAUCGAACUGGUCCGUCGGACCCUCUUUUCGAGGUUAUGUCAGUAACGCCGAUUCAUACGUUCGUAUCAGAGUGGAGGAAUUUUAAAAACCGAUCCCAGCGAUCGGGAUCUCAGCCGAGACGACCCAACACGGUUGAGAUCGACGGAAAUGCUACAUGCAAGGUGAGGGCUGUGCCGCACCAGCUUGAUCAAAGCACGCGAGCAGAAGGAGUGUACGUGGCACAAGAAGCAAACACGAAGCCGAGAUACUUUCACGGUUGCCAACAUAUUACAAGGAAACGAGCAAUACAUGGUCGAGCGAAUAAUUUGAGUACAUUCAACAAUACCCUGCGAGAGUAGUUUACAGUAGACAAUGCAUCACGUAUGACAGAUCAAGCAUAACAUAUCGAACAUAACAGAUCGAACAG